AGAUGUUCCACGCACAGCAACCGAACCCAAACAAACCACCGGACGAGAACUCGCUGCGGAUUGGGGUGGCGUUUGCGCCGGUGGCGGAGGGUGAGCGCCUGCGGGAGCGCGGCCAACCGCCGUUUGUGACCCACACGACAGCGCAGCGGCAGGCGGCGUCUGCGGCAGACAGCGGGUCGUCGCGGGCAGCGGCAGCGGCAGCAGCGUCUGCAGCAGCGGCAGCGGUACCGGUCAACGCGGUGUCGGUCAAGGACCCGCUGGGCGAGGUGCCCGACACGCUGUUCUCGUUUGACGUGGUGGGCGAGGCGGGGACGCCGCUCAGCGAGCUGUACACCGAGUUGGUCAAGCCGUUGUCGUCGGCGGUGGUGGGCGGGACGUCGUGUGUGGCGUUUGUGUUUGGCCAGUCCGGCUCGGGACGGGCAACAGCGCUGGUCGGCGGACUCGACGGCUCGCCGCGUGGCCUCGUUCAGCUGGCAGCCAGCGAUCUGCUUGCCGAGAUUGCCAAGUUCAAGGCGCAGCGGGCGACGCUGCUGGCACGGUCUGGCUCGGCAUCGUCACUUCUACUGGAAGAUACCGAAGGAGUGUCGGCGACAGGGCGGAUUCGGCGGGCGGGCUCGCGGUCGCUGCUGUCCUCGGCUUCGCUUUCGGACGUGCGAGCCAUGACGCUCACGCUGUCGGCAAUGGAGAUCCACUGCGAGCACGUGUCCGACUUGCUCGAGCCGUACAUGGAGCCACUCGGGGCGGGCCUGGAUCUCAGCCCGCCGACCGAAGCGAGUGAGUGCACGGCCCCGGCGCGCGACUUUGAGAUGCGCAAGCCGCUUUCGGAUCGGAGCGUUGCGGGCGGCCGGACGCUGGCGUCGGCCAAGUCGUCGACGAGUCUUUCGGCCGCGCGGCGGAGUAUGUCGGGCACCCAUGCCAUGCGCUCGAUUCGCAAGCAGCUCUCGGUGGCGUCGAUGGCGACAAACAGCGAACUGCGGACGCCGCGGCGGAUCUCGCCGGUCGAGCUUGCCGACUCGACCAUUGCAUUCCCCAAGCUCGCCAAGGUUAAGUUGAGCUCGAUGGCCGAGGCCGAGGCUGCGGUUCAUGAGGCACUGGCCAACCGCGGGCUGCCGCUCUCGCGGACGUCUUACGACCGGCGCAAUGCACACGCGGUCAUCCAGCUCUCGCUCGAGCGCGAGCUCCUGCGCGACUCGACCGGCGACUCGGUCACCGUCUCGUCGUCGCUCUUCUUUGUUAUUAUGGCCGGCUCAGAGCUCCUGACCCAGGACCGGGCCAACUUUGCGCCGGAGCAAGCGUCAGCGUACAAGGUGCUCGACUCGACGUCGUCGAUUCUGUCUGCGCUCUCGAAGCGGAACCUGACGUACGGCGCGUACGACGGCGCGCUUCUCACUCGCAUGCUCCGGCCGUACCUCGGCCUGCAAUCGCAUGUGGCGGUGGUGGGUACCGUCCUUCCCUCGGUCUCCAACUUUGAAGAGUCGCUGGUCACGCUCCGGCUCUUGGGCGACAUGCACAAGUCGAUGCAGCACAACACCGGGCUCGGAGCUACCGAGGCGCUCAUUCGUGACAAGGAUGCUACCAUCCGACACCUCAUCAAGGAGCUGGCCGAGGUGAAGGAGGAUCUUGCGGUGGCCAAGGAGACAAACUUGAACCAGCGAAUGCAGAUCUCGCACUUGUCUCGGCCGGGCUCGCGCGGUGGGCGCGGCGGGCUCGGUGAUGGGCUUGGUGGGCGCGGUGGCGGCGAUAGCCUGCCGCGGUCCGAUUCGGACGCGUCGGGCUCGUGGCUCGAGCCGACGCGCUCAAACCGGUCGCGGUCCGGUCGAUCUGGUGGCGGUGGUGGCGGCUCGGCGUCGGUCGGGAUCUCGCUCUCGGGUCCGGAGCCGUCGUUGCAGAGCUAUGAGACGCUCAAGGAUCUCAUUGCGCAGCUGCAGGCGGAGAAAAAGUUGCUGUAUGAGACGCUGCAGAAGCACAAGGCCCAGUUUGAGAGCGUCCAGCUCGAGAUGCGGCGGAAAGAGGCCGAGAUCUCAGUCGAGGUUGCCGGGUACAAGCGCUCGCUUCGGAGCGUUCAGGCCGAGCUCGACGAGUCAGUCCGCCGACACGAGGCUGAGACAGCGGCGCUUCACGAGAGCCACGCGCGCGAUGUCCGCAAGCUGCUGGAGAACCACGCCAAGUCGCUGGAGCGGAUGCGAGCGGCGCAGGAGGCCAAGCUCUCGUCGAUUCCGCCGGCAUCGAUGGCCGACGCGUCCAAGAUUGAUUAUGUCGAGGCGCUGGUUAAGGCGCGGAGCGAGUACAAGGCUGCAGUGGGUGAGAUGGAGGACGCGGCAUCUCGCCAGGCGCGGGCGCUCGAAGACAAGAUUGCGUCACUGCAGUCGGAGCUGACUUCGGUGACCAACUCGCUCGCGGCGUCACAGGCGAGUGUGGCGAGCGCCAAAGAUGCGUACAAGCGUGACAUGGGCCUUUUCCUUGACUACGCGACCACCUUUCAGCACGUGGUUGAGCGGGCGCUGGCGCGAUCGUACCCGGUCGACGCGCCGCAGCUCGAGUCGUUCUUCCUCCCCAAGGCUCUGACCUCGACGGAUGAGCUUGUGCAGCGGCUGCCGAACCUGGUCACUGCGCUCAAGGGCGUUGUGACCAAACUGCACCCGCUCGACGUUGUGGCUGAGACCAAGAUGGCGAGCCCGCGGCAGACGUCGUCGGCGCCGGACGCGCUUGAUCUCCACGCCAACCUGCUGGCUAUGGGUGACCGCGCGCUCCGUGCCGAAGUCCGCAAGCUUCGCAGCUACAUUGCCGACAAGCGGGCGGGCGACGAGACAAAGUUUGCCGCCCGCGUCCGCGAGGCUGUCUUCAAGGAGCUCGCCUCGGAUAAGACAGUGCAGUACAUUGCGUCGCUGGAGGACUCGCUUGCUCGCCUCCGCAAGGACCUGGCCCGCGAGCGGUCCCGCCGGCGCGAAGUCGAGGUCUCCAGCCGCUACCGCCCGAGCGAAGGCCCCAACCGGCGCAGCCUUCGCUCGGCUCGCUCAUCGCGGAGCCCGUCGCAAGCUCAGAGCCGCCUCGUCGACUCGGUUGUCGCCGCGCUGGUGGCCGAGGAGGACGUGUCAGGCCCCGCGCGCCGGCACAGCUGAAAAGGACUUGAAGGAAAUCGAUUGCAAGUAUAGAG